UCUCCAGUUCCUGAUCUCCCAAAAUUCGCUUCUCUAUUCGUUUUGCCCCCACCAAAUAAAUUUUAGAUUCUAUUAAUUUUUAAUUCUGAUUUUUAUUUGUUUUUUUAAGUUUUGGUUACAGAACUUGAAUAUAUACAUCCUUCCUCAUCAUCGUUUGAGCUUCCCAGUAUUGGAACGGAAAAAAAAACCUAAAAAAGAAGAAGCCACAGAAAAAGAAAGAAAGAAAUCUUUGGGAGACCCCUCUUUUUCUCUUUGCAUGGUUGUUCCUCAUCGUUUCCACAUAUAGCUAAGAGUGAUUCAAUUCGUUUUCCUCUUCAGCUACAGGGAAAGAAGAAGAUCUUAUGAGACGCUCCAUACCUCAUUGAAGAAAACAUUACUGUUCUUUAAUAUUACUUAGGCAGGGCAGAUGGAUGAAAACAAUGCGGCAAAGUUAAGCGGAAUCAGGCAGAUUGUGAGACUAAAGGAGAUUCUACAGAAAUGGCAAACUGCAACCAUAGGUCCCAAGUCAGAUAUCGCUCCAUUGGCAGCUGGAAAGCAAGCGGCGGCAAUGAUCUCACCGGUUAUCAACAAGAGGCUAUUUUCCGUCAAGAAUUGUGACUCGGAUGAGGAAAACUGCCAAAGCCCUGAGCCUCCCGCUGAUGUUCCCAAAGGGUAUCUUGCGGUUUAUGUUGGACCGGAGCUAAGGAGGUUUAUCAUACCGACAACUUAUCUUAGCCACUCUUUGUUCAAGGUGUUGCUUGAAAAGGCAGAGGAAGAGUUUGGGUUUGAUCAGAGCGGUGCGCUCACCAUCCCUUGCGAGGUUGAGACUUUCAAGUUCUUGAUUAAAUGCAUGGAGAACAAUCCUAAAGAUUAUCACCCUGACGACAACUCCGCUGGGGAUGAUGCAGUAGCAGCAAAUGAAGACUAAAUAUAAAUCAAGUGAUGAACAACUCUUAAAAACUUUUCUUUUGUUAUUAUGGUUAUUGUUAUCCUUUAUUAUUAUUUUAAUCAUAUGGGAAUUGUUAGGGAUCACAUUACUCUGGGGUGUAAUUGUAAAAUCAGACUAUCUUUGUAUUUUCCUGGUUCUUAUUUUCUUCUCCAUUAUUUUUCAA